CCCUUGGGAAUGGCUUCAGUUUCUGUGUUUCCUUUCCCCUUGUUUCUCUUUCACUUUGUACUUCUUUUCCUGGCUGGUUAUGGAAAUGGGAACCAUGAGAAGUGUCCUACAUCUUUUGAUUGCGGACAAUUUGGGAGCCUCCACUUCCCUUUCACUAAGCCAGAACUGCAACACUGUGGCUUUAUGACCAUAUAUGGUUGUGAAUCUCCAGUUAAAACGAUUCAACUGGAAAAGAAUGGAAAACCAUUACUGCUUACAAAUGUCGUUCAGCAGGAGAAUAUCAUCACAGUUUUUGACCUAGAUCUGCGCGAGCAUUUGAAGCAUAGAACCUGUGAAGUUUUCAACAGUAACGUGACUCUUCCUCUAAAUUCUCCUUUGGCUUCCUUUCAUAUCAAACACAACGUGACUCUGUUCAUAUGCAACCACGACCUCCACAUCAGCACCCCCAAUGGUUUCAUCAAUCAUGUCUGUCCUGACUACGAUAUCUUUAGUCACGACUUACACGGGCUUCCUCCUCCUAUUAUUGACCAGGCAUUUGGAUCUUUUACUACUUGCUCGAUUCUUCAGCUUCCUUGUAAGAACCUGACAUAUACCACAGAUUUUUCAUCAUUCUUUUGUGGUGAAAUAGAUAUUGAAGUGCAAUUAUCUGAUGAUUGUGACAAGUGCUACAACCACAAAGGCGGCCAAUGUCUAGUUGACAAUCACAAUAACUUUUACUGUGACACAGCAGAGACUGGGAGUAUGCUAUUCAACUUGGAGCUUGGACUUGGGCUUGGAGGUAAGGUUCAUUAUCCUUUUCUUCAAAGCCUUUUAAAGAUCCUUGGGAUCUCCUCCUUUGCAGGUUUAUUUAUUGGAUUUACAGGCUUUCUAAUCAUAAUUUGGUGGCUCCUUAAACAGCAUUACAAGCAAAAAUAUGCAUUUUCAAGCAUCCAAUUGCAAUCAAUAAACAGUGAUGCAAUUGAUCCCAGUUCUGAUACUGAUUUAGAAAGUGGCAGGUAUUUUGGGAUCCGCCUAUUCUCUUACGAGGAGCUUGAAAAAGCAACAAAUAAUUUUGACCGUUCCAGAGAACUUGGGAAUGGAGGCUUUAGCUCUAUUUACUAUGGAAAACUCCAAGACGGACGAGAAGUUGCAGUGAAACGUCUAUAUAACCAUAACUAUCGACGACUUGAACAGUUUCUAAAUGAAGUUGUGAUCUUCACUCGCUUGCGCCAUGAAAACCUUGUGUCUCUUCAUGGCUGCACCUCCCACCACAGUCGUGAACUUCUCCUUGUGUAUGAAUAUGUUCCAAAUAGCACUGUUUCAUGUCAUCUUCAUGGUAAGCUAGCCAACCGUCAUUUACUACCAUGGCCUAUAAGAAUGAAGAUAGCCAUAGAAACUGCAGCUGCAUUGGCUUAUCUUCAUGCUUCUGAAAUCAUCCACUGUGAUGUCAAAACUGACAAUAUUCUCCUAGGCAACAGUUUUUCUAUCAAGGUUGCAGGUUUUGGACUUUCACAAUUGUCCCUCAUCCAUGACACUUGUGUUUCCACUACCCCACAAGGGACCCCUGGUUAUACUGACCCAGAAUCUAACCAAGGCACUCAACUUACUAGCAAAAGUGAUGUCUAUAGCUUUGGAGUUGUACUCAUUGAGUUGAUAUCAUCUCUGCCAGCAAUUGAGAUGAGCAGGCAUAAAGAGGAGAUAAUUCUGGCAAAUCUAGCUAUAAAGAAAAUUCAGAAAAGCACACUAUGGGAGCUAGUUGAUCCUUCUCUUGGUUUUGAGUCAGAUAAUGAGGUUAGGAGGAUGAUAGUUUUAGUGGCAGAGCUGGCUUUUCAGUGUUUACAGAGAGACAAGGAAUUGAGACCUUCCAUAGACGAGGCUUUGGAGAUACUAAGAAGAAUUGAGAGUGGGAAAUAGGAACUCAAUCAUCUAGAGGAAGCAAAUAAUCAUGGGGAAACAGGGAUUUUGCCUGGCAUACUAUACAUUCACCAUCACCUCCUUCACCAGACAACGAUGAGGCUAUAUUGUUGGGAAAAAAAAAAAUAGUCACUGCCUUCAACAAAAGACGUACUGAAAAGUGGCAUAAUGGGGUUAAUUACUUCUAAUGUCGGUGAUAAGUUAAUGGCUUAUUUUAUUUGGUAAGGAUUAAUUUACACACCACGUCAUGUAAAUAUAAAACGAAAAGCUAAAACUAGAG